CGCCAUGCUUAGUCAAUGUGAUUCUACGUCACAUUAAUCCGUCUCCACAAUGGCGAUUGACGGCAAAAGGUCUUGUACAUGACUGUUCGCUGUUUUUUUGUGCCUUGCUUACGACGUUUGACGGAUUGGACGGGUUUUAAGAGCGCGAUAACGCCGUUGUCUGUUUUUGUUUGCAUAUAAUGACCUGGAGGGGCGGAUAAACCUGAGGUUAAAAAGAUAUAUAAGAGAAAGGAAACGAGCUAGGAAAUCUAAAUUAUAUUCCAAUUGGAAAAUAUACAGCUUGCUCAACUGGGAUUUCGAUAUCGACAUCAUGCCGGAAACAUCACACAACAUCGCCUCAGGACCAGCGAAUAAUCUACACAACCCACCAAUCGACGUCGAGAAAGGAAGACGCCCAAGACCACGACGAAGAAGCUCAGCAUCAACAUCCUCGUCUACAGACCUCCAUGAAGAAGAGGAGAAAGCCUCCCUCGACGGCCACCGUCCUACGAAUAGAGAACUCCACGAUAGCAUUAGUAGAUCGCGGAGUCGAGGGAGGAGUCAGCAUGGUCGAGCAGCGACAACCAGUGGUAUGGACCAACUACGCCCAACACUCUCGCGGAGAGAUACAGUUUUGUCAAGGAUACGUACCCGGCCAAACAUGGCGCCAUUCUCGCACCCGCUAGCGCACCAACCCACUACUGCAGAUGUGCUCGUAGACUUUGAAGGCGACGACGACCCCUACCGGCCCAUGAACUGGCCGACCAAAAAGAAAGUCACUACCACGCUCAUGUACGGUUUGACUACUAUGAGCGCAACGUGGGCUUCCUCCGCCUACUCAGCCGGCACAACCCAGGUAGCCCACGAAUUCCACGUCGGACAGCAAGUCGCCGUACUCGGGACAACGCUCUUUCUCUUUGGCUUCGGACUGGGCCCUUUACUCUGGGCGCCGCUGUCGGAAGUCUAUGGUCGGCGCGUGGCGGUGCUCACGCCCAUGUUCGUGGCCAUGUGCUUUAGUUUUGGCAGCGCGGCGGCCAAGGACUUCCAGACGCUGAUGAUUACGCGGUUUUUUGGGGCGUUUUUUGCUAGUGCGCCUGUGACGAAUACGGGGGGUGUGCUGGGGGAUUUGUUUAGUCCGGCGUGGAGGGCGAUGGCGAUGGCGGGGUACGCAUUGGCUGUUGUUGGCGGACCAUGUUUGGGCCCCAUCGUCUCAGCAGCCUUCGUGGCGAAUCCAUCUCUCGGCUGGCGCUGGACCGAGUACUUCACCGGCAUCCUGCAAGCGGUCAUUCUUCUCAUCGACAUCGUCUUCAUCGACGAGUGCUAUCCGCCCAAGCUCCUCGUCUACAAAGCGCGCCGCCUGCGCCACGAGACUGGCAACUGGGCCCUGCACACCAAAUUCGAAGAAUGGGACGUCAGUAUCAAAGAGCUGUCUAAGAAAUUCCUCAUCCGACCCAUUCAACUGCUCUUCACGCCAAUCUGCUUCCUCAUAGCUUUAUACGCCUCUUUUUGUUAUGGUAUAUUAUACAUGCAACUAGGCGGCAUACCCAUCAUCUUCCAUGAGCAGCGGGGCUGGCCCGUAGUCUCCUCGACACUGCCCUUCCUCGCCAUCCUCGUCGGCGCAGUCUUCGGCUGCGCUAUAAAUGCCUACAAUCAACUCCUCUACAACAAAGUCUACUACCGGGCAGGAAACCGCGCCGUCCCCGAGGCACGUCUGCCCCCCAUGAUGCUCGGCUCUGUACUCUUCUCUGCCGGCCAGUUCGUCACGGGAUGGACGGCGGAUCCGCGUUUCCACUGGAUUGCGCCUGUGAUUGGACUUGUCAUGCUGGGCACUGGAUUUUUUACCAUCUUCCAGGCUGCGCUGAAUUACCUGGUUGACACGUUUACACUCUAUGCUGCCAGUGCCGUCGCUGCUAAUACGUUUCUGCGCAGUUGUUUUGCUGGCGCGUUUCCCCUUGUCGUUGGGCCGUUGUAUCAUAAUAUCGGGGUUGGGCCUGCGAGUAGUAUUACUGGUGGUUUUGCCGCGCUGCUGAUUCCUGUGCCGUUUGUGUUUUAUGUGUUUGGGAAGAGGGUGCGGCGGGCGAGCAAGUGGAGUCGGGGGAGUGUGUUUGAUUAGAGUGCAUGCAACGAAAUCUAAGAAAACCAGGGACGAUAGCAAUACUGCGUAGACCCUGAUACGAUCAAUGUGGUUUCGAUUUCGAUUUGCACAGAGGGUAUAGAUCUAUCUCGCGCGACACAUGCGGCCGUCGCUUCGGACCGUCCAAGCCUCACUGCCAACGCCCACCGUGGCAUAGAAUAGACUGGAGGGAUCCCAUUUCCUCUUGAUGCUCAGUAAUUUGUUAUAGU